UUGACUCCACAUUGAAAUCAAUUGUCUAUUCGUUUCAUUCAAUCACUAAAUCAUUGGCCGAUAUCUCAAGACAUACACCAAAUGGUUGUCCCAAACAUCAUAUGAUCACUGCUUUCGCGUUGCAAACAAACCAUCGAUUGUAGUGUUGUUUCAAGCGAUACACCAAACGGUGACCACAUCUUCGGGCAGUGUCUGUGUCUCGUGUGUUGUCUGCGCUGACCAUCGGUGGUAAGCCAUAGGCCAUGGAUGUGACCACUUGUAUAGAGCUGGCCAUAGAGGGCGAGCGGCUGUCAAAGUUGGGUGACUUCAACGGUUCGGUGGCCUUCUUCGAGGCCGCCGUCAAGUGCGGGACCAAUGAUCUGAAGACACUGUCGGCCAUCUAUUCCCAGUUGGGAAACGCGUACUUCUAUUUAGCCAAUUAUCAUAAGGCCAUGGAUUACCACAAACUCGACCUCACAGUUGCCAAAUCCAUUAACGACCGCAUCGGCGAAGCGAAGGCCUCCGGAAACUUAGGAAACACAUUGAAAAUGAUGGGACGCUUCGACGACGCCAUCAUUUUCUGCAAAAGACAUCUCGAGAUCAGCCGUGAAUUGUCUGAUAAAGUAGGCGAGGGUCGAGCGCUGUAUAACUUGGGUAACGUGUAUCACACGAAAGGCAAGAAUAUGGCCAGAGCUGGGAAUGAAGACCCGGGAGAGUUUCCCGACGAAGUGAAGCACUGCUUAGAACAGGCGGUCGACUAUUAUAAACAAAAUCUGGAUCUAAUGACACAAAUGGGCGAUAAGUCAGCGCAGGGCCGGGCGUGCGGUAAUCUCGGUAACACUCACUACUUGUUGGGAAACUUUACGCAAGCGGUCGCCUAUCACGAAGAGAGACUGAAAAUUGCCAAAGAGUUUGGGGACAAAGCGGCCGAACGGAGAGCGCAAUGCAAUUUGGGAAACGCUCACAUAUUUUUGGGUCAGUUUGAGAUAGCCGUCGAUAACUAUAAACAAACGUUAGACUUGGCGGAGCAGCUAAAGGACCGGGUGGUUGAAGCGCAGGCCUGUUAUAGUUUGGGCAACACAUACACUCUUCUGCGCGACUAUCCGUCGGCCAUUGAGUACCACAUAAGGCACCUGAAGAUUGCUCAGGAGUUACGGGACCGGAUAGGGGAGGGCCGCGCCUAUUGGAGUUUAGGCAACGCCAUGACAGCGGUGGGCGACCAUCAGGAGGCCCUCAGUUAUGCACAAAAGCAUUUGGAGAUUAGCCGAGAGAUCGGCGACAUUACGGGUCAAACGACCGCUCAAAUGAGUAUUUCUGACUUAAGAAAGCUCUUGGAAAAGGAUAUUAACAAAAGUCCCACUGAGGGCUCCGACAGCUACGGACGCCCCAAACGACUGUCGAUGGAUCGGAUGGAAGUGAUGUCAAUGACGCCACAGCAGCGCAAACACUCGCUCAACACUGUGGACGAGAUGGUGGCCACGGGUAGCGGCGGUGAUAAUAGUGGCGGCGAGUCGACCGUCGAGCCAAUGGUCUCGUCGUCGAGCACUGACUUUAUCAGCAAAAGUCACGAAGACUUCUUGGAUUUGGUGUCUAAGUUUCAGAGCAAACGUAUGGACGACCAGAGGUGUCCACUCAAUGGCGCCGAGAAUAAGGAGAACCGUAAACCGCAUCCCAUAUGCGGCCAACCCGUGGCCAACAGUCAGUUGAACCGGCAGUUCGCCAAUACUAUCCCCAUUCGCGAGGCCAACAACCCGUUGCCUAACCCUAACCCUAACGUCGGACGCACUGGUAAUGCAAAUCCCAAUAAUAACCGCAAUAAUAGCAACGCGUCGUCGCAUCCGAUGAACAACAAUCACAUCGGAAGUGUUGGCCAAUCAUCGCAGGACUCGCAGUCGUCGUCGAGUGGCGACCAUUUCCACGACCUGAUCGAUAUGAUCGCCGGUAUGCAAGAGCGCCGAAUGGACGACCAGAGGGCAGCGCUGCCGCCCGUCCGCCGCAACAGUGCCACCAAUGGACCCGAAAGUCUUCCACAACAACGAAACCACAAUUACGUUCAGAGCGCCCGACAGGCGAACAAUGACGAGGACGACGUUCACGAGUUGCCGCCCCGACUGCGGGCCAACAAUCCGCAGAACCCGCGCCGCACCGGACCUAACAGACAGUACUCGUUGGGCGCUAACGUUCUGCCCGACGACGACUUCUUCGAGAUGUUGAUGCGCUCGCAGGCCAGUCGUCUCGAAGACCAGCGGACACUAAUGCCCAGCACUUCCACCGACGACGGCACCGACGGUGAAGCCCUCACGAGACCAUCGACUCUCGAGCGGCCACAAAGUGUUGUCUCCACUCAAAGCAAUUCUCCGCAACAGAGUGUGGCGCCAACGGUUCCCGAUGAGGACUUCUUUAGUCUAAUCCUGCGUUUCCAAGCGGGACGUAUCGAAGACCAGCGCUCGUCACUGCCGGACAAACAGUGUCUGUCCGAUGACGAGCCCAUGAAAUACUCGUCGACCAGUAGUCGCAAGUCGUCGACCACAUCAACCAAAUCCAGUUCUAACGCCCCGUCGGCGCGAAAGUCGUCCAAAACUCAAGUGUAGAAAAAGUGGCGACAAAAAAAUACAAAUGUUGUUUGAAAUCAAAGGUUUGAAUAUAAAAAAUAUACCCAAAAAAUAGUGUUUAUAAAUAUGUGAAAAAUAUAAGACAAGUCUUUCCACACAAACAAAAACCUACAAAAAAAUGAAUUGUGAAAAAUAAUUAUCAUUUGAUAAGUUUAACGAUAAGUUUAUCAUAAUAUUGUCUCACAAACUAACAAAAACAGAGCCUCGGAUUCUGUGCUACGGAUCAGUAUUACUGUUAAAUUAAUUAUGUAUUAAACAAUUAGUGAUUGUAUUCUUAUUUUUACCCACUUUUGCUGUCAAAACAGUGAUUAUCUCCAAAGUCUAUGACUCUAUCCAUUAAUUGCUUCACUCUAUAUAUCUAUACCCCAGACAUCUGUUUUGUCCAUUUCUUUGGAUCUAUUGAUUGACUAUUUAGUUAAUUACAUAAAACAAAAGGCAACUAGUUUUCAAUUUGAUUGGUAUGUUUUUUUAGUGAACAGUUACGGUAAAGUAGUGCCAAAUAUAUACAGUAUUUGGGAUUUGAGUUUAUGUGCAUUUUUAGCUCAAAAUACAUAUUAAAUCGUGAAAAAUGUUUUUAAGAUUCAGAAAUAUAUUUAUUUUGCUUUUUUUAUUUUGACACUCAUUUCGCCGAUCAUUCGCAUUGUAUUUAAUGCUAUUAUUAUAUAUAUUUUAUAUAUAAAAGUAUUAAUAUUUUAAUU